AAGACUCGGCGGCGAAACUUAUGCAAGACUAAACCCUACAUGUUUAACUAGAGUUAAAGUGUCUUUGCCGAAACAUCAGACUUAAGUUAUUCACACUACAAUGGGGAUAAGGCACCUUUUGUUGCUGCUAAUAUACCUGGACCCGCUGUGCGUGCUGAGCGCCGCUGCAGGCGGUAAAAAGCCCAAGCCGGCGCCCCGGAAGGCUCCCAAAGCAACGGCGGUCCCCACGGCCGUUCCGCAGAAGACCCCGCAGCCGGCGCCCGCCAGCAACCACGACACAUGCCUGGGCUACUACGACGUGAGCGGGCAGUAUGACAAACUGUUCGAGUGCAACAACACGGACCACCGGUACUGCUGCGGGACGUGCUACCUGCGCUUCUGCUGCGAGUACAAGAAAGACCGGCUGGAUCAGAAAGCCUGCAAGAACUACCAGACGCCGGUGUGGGUGCAGACGGCACCCACACCUGACCCCCUCCCGACCGGGGAAACGUACGAUCCGAGCAUGGAUCAGACCAGCACGGCGGUGUACAUCACCUGUGGGAUCAUAGCCUUCAUCAUAGUGGUGGGAGUGUCGGUCAAAGUCGCCUACGACAAAGCUACAGAGCCGCCUCAGGAAAUGAAUAUACAUAGGGCCCUCGCAGACAUCCUGAGGCAGCAGGGGCCCAUCCCCAUCUCACAAUACGACUGUGAGAACUUUGCAGCGAUGAACGGCUCACCCAAAGACAACACGCCGCUCAGAACCUCAUCCAAGAACCACUACACCCCUGUUCACACCUCCAAAUCCAACCACGGUCUCCACUAUGGAAAGGAGAGCGUCCGAAACAGUGGCGGCGCUGAGCUUCAUAGCUUCAUCUCCUCUGGUUUUGUGACAUUGGGUCGAGGCCAUCCGAAAGGAGAUAACCAUUGGCCAGUCCGCUCACAGAGUCACCAUGGUACCCAUCAGCACAACUAUAACCAUGUGGCUCUAGGUAGCCCUACACGCACACCUAAGAAUGCUCACCGAUCAUUGAGACGUGAAAACAAUCGGAUAAGUGGCAUCCUGACCUCGCAGACGGAGCCCUACGACCUGUCUUUCUCACGCUCCUUCCAGAGCCUGUCUCACCUGCCGCCCUCCUAUGAGGCGGCCGUCAAAGCCGACCUCAGCCGCUUCUCAUCCCUGAAGAAACUCACAGAUAAAGAUGUCGACGACUACUACACUCGUAAGCGCCACCUGCCCGACCUGGCAGCAAGAGGCACUCUUCCCUUGCAUGUUCUCAAAAUGAGUCAAGACCAGCACCGGGAACAGCAGCAGCAGCAGCUCCAGAGCCAGCCCCCGCAGUCCUCCAUCUCCCAGGCCCCUCCCCAGUCCCAGUCUUCACAGCAACAGUCUCAACAAAGGCAGAGGCCCCGUCGCGUCCAGAGGGCCAUGUCCCAGGACCGCGUCCUGUCCCCGCAGAGAGACCCACAGCAGGACUACAGCACGUCCUCUAAUGGCAUGUCCCCGUAUGGAGGCCGGAUCCUCUCAGACGAACAGCUCCUGUCUGCUGAACGUCUUCGAUCCCAGGAGCGUCUUUUCCCACAGGACCGCCACACCUCCCAAGAUCGUCUGUACUCCAAGGACCGCAUGUACUCCAAGGACCGACUUCUAUCGCAGGAUCACCUCUACUCAAAAGACCGCCACUACUCUCAAGACCGCCUCUAUUCACAAGAUCGGCUGUACUCACAAGACCGCCUCCUAUCCCAGGAUCCUCUGCUGUCACCGGACAAGCUGAUGAUGUCGCUGAAGCGUGGCAUGGUAAGCAGCAUCUCCGGUGGGUUUCAUGGCAGCGACAAGUCAAUGUCACGUGCCAUCUCGCACACAGACGUGUUCGUACCAACCACGCCUCUUAUGGACCGCUACAAGAUGACCAAAAUGCACUCCCAUCCCAGUGCCUCCAACAAUGGCGGUGGCAGCGGGGCUCUGGGAGCGGGAGGCAGCGGGCACUCCAACACUUUAGCCAUGAACCAGACAGCAACCAAGAGGCAGGCAUUUGCCACCAGACGGACUCACACUAUGGAACAGCUCCACUACAUCCCACCACAUCACCAGCAGCAGCAGCAGCAGCAGCAGCAGCAGCAGCAGCAGCAGCAGCAGCCGCAGCACUACCGCACAGGCAGCAAGACUGAGGUGACUGUGUAACGGCAGCCAGCACAACCUGAACUGCACUGGAAGGUGCACUGCUGUGUGCCAGAGGUGGGGUUGAUAGAGGUACGUGGGUACACUGGCCUUCUUUUAGAAUAGGAUGGUGGCAAUUUUACUUUCUUUGACUGAAGUUCCCGCAAAGUCAGAGAUUCCAGGACCAAGAACAUCCACAAGCUAACUGUGAGAGACCGGAAAAACAAGCUACACUGUACACUGCAUACACAGGCCCUGUUAGAUCUGAAGCCAGAGAGGGUCGUAGAUGGGAGAGGGAUGGUAUUAUCCAGCUAACUUGCCUAUUAUUUUCCACUGUAAUUGUUUCCACUUGAUUACCCUAUUCAUCCACAGGCUACAGCCUCAUUCUGUGUGUGGUUUAGUGAGAAAACACUGAUUGUGUCUGUUUUAGCCUUUAUCGGCCCACUUUGUCCAACAAAUCUAUUCUGUGACCUUUUCUGGCAAAUCUUAAAGGGCUUUGCAUGGUUAAACACAUAGACUGACUUCUCUGUGACUUCUGUUGUGCAACACAACACCAUCACAGGUGAUGAACUAGGUUGAGCCUGUAAUAACUUUAUGAAUAUAUAAAUAAAUGAAUAAAAUACAACCAUUUGUACGCCCUGUCCUACUCAUAGCUCUAGUGAAUCUCAAUGAGAGAAAUUGAAAUGGAUGUUAUUAGCACUUCUAUUUGGUGCCUCCGACAGAUGUUUCAUUUCUAAAAACGAAGUGGUUUUGUGGGUUACAAAGCACAAUCAAAAAAAUAUUGUUUUUGAUUUGUUGAGUUUGAAUAGUGACAGCUAGCUUGUUUUGUUCUUAAAGCAAUGGCAGGUUUUUUUUUU